AGGCGCUUUCUCCCACCGGGGCUCGCGGAGGUCGACGUCACCUUUUGCACCGCCGCCACCUUCGACAAUGACUGCCGCCAUUUGGGGUGGAGGCUCAGCUCGGCUGCCUUCUCGAGCCUUUGUUCCAGAGUCAGGCUCCCUUGUUGGUUCUGGCAGAUCUCCAAUUCCGUGCACGACAAUUCAGCAGAGCAGUCAGAUGAACCAAAAGGACCAGGAGACCGCCAGGCUGGAAGCGAUGCGCCUGGCUGUGGCCAUGGCACGGCAACCGCCAGGGCCACCAGCCCCGCUCGAGGGCGAAAGCUGCCGGGCCAGGCGGCCGCAUGGCGAUUUGAGCGCCAUCUCUUCCUUCAGCUCCGCCCAGUGCGGGUGGGCACAGCCAAUGCUUGCAGACCCCAGUGCCAGUUGACCUGUCGUAAAUGCGGCUGCCUGUGGACUGGGGGUUGCGCACUUGUAUCACUUACGCGAGGGACCCGCCCGACUGGAGGCAUGUGG